AUGAAGUCUCUUAACUCGCUGGCAUCUGCAGGUUCCGCAGAAGUCAAAUCUAGACUAAAUUGGCUGAUAAGAGUUAAAAUUUGCCGUGAUGUUGCGAAGGGGUUGGCUUAUAUCCAUGAAGAAUCUAGACUUCGAAUUGUUCACAGAGACAUAAAACCGACAAACAUACUUCUUGACAAGGAUUUUACUGCCAAGAUAACAGAUUUUGGAUUUGCCAAGCACAGCAAAGAGGAGAAUCCUCAUGCGAUUACACGCAUAGCAGGAACAAAGCACGGCAAAGAGGAGAAUCCUCAUGCUAUUACACGCAUAGCAGGAACAAAGGGGUACAUGUCACCUGAGUAUUUACAAGGCUUCUUGUCAACGAAAGCAGAUGUCUACAGCUUUGGCCUUGUCACACUAGAAAUUGUUAGCGGGAAGCAAAUUUCAACUUUUAGGGCAAAGGAUCAGAAUAUUUACCUUCUGGAUAUAGCUUAUGAUUACCAACACCAAGGAAAUCUUAUAGCUCUUGUUGAUCCAAGCCUAGGAUCUGAUUACACCCACAACGAAGCGCUAAAAGUGUUGGAUUUAGCAAUGGAGUGCGUGAACCCAACUCCCAAGCUUAGGCCAUCAAUGUCUAAAGUUGUGAAAGUUCUUGAAGGAAUUGUAAAAGAUGUAGAAGCAAAAUGGAAAACAAAGACUUCCUCUACUGGAAACACUUCUUUGGGGGAUGAUUCUUCAAUGGCCAACCCCGAUUUUGCUUUCUCUCAUUCUACUCAAUCAGCUGGGAGUACAUCCCAAGAAGGUGCUUCAGAUAUAAUCAUUUGUCCUUCAACAAGCAAAGAAAUUGACGACUCCAGCAACUCGGACGAUUAACAUGCCAAGGCUGGAAAUUAACCAGGAAUCACUACCAUGGUAGUCUUCCCUUGAGCAUUGAUAAUCCUAAUUUUUGUGAAUGACAGCAUUCAUCAUGCAUUAUUGCAUUGAAGUGUCUCUGCAGUUAGCAGGUUAUAGUAUUUAAGCUGCUAAACAAGCCUUCAUAAAAGAUAUUGGCUCAUCUAUGCGUGGAAAUGAUGCAAAUUAUUGUAUGCUAUCUCAAGUAUAGCCAAUAUUAAUGCAAAUUCAUGUCUAUUGGAAGUAA